AACAAAUACUGACAAUACAUCCAUAAGUGCAUGUAAACGCUUCGAUGGAAAGCCCCUGAACAAUAAUCAAAACCUAAAGACCAAACCGAAUAAGCAUAAUGUCAGAAGCGCUACCACAAGAAUGCGACGUCCUGGUAGUCGGUAGUGGAAACGCCGGCUUCUCAGCGGCCAUAUCAGCCUCACAGAGUGGCGCCAAGAACGUAGUCCUCAUCGACAAGUGCCAUGAAGACUGGGCCGGCGGCAACAGCUUCUUCACAGCCGGAGCAUUUCGCACUACACAUGAGGGACUGAAGGACCUCUUACCCAUCGUCAAAAACGUCGAUGCGGAAACAGUCAAGAUCAUCGACUUGGACCCCUACACCAGCGACGACUUCCAAAACGAUCUCUCACGCGUCAGCAAUGGGCGCUCGGAUGAGCAGCUCGGUCGGGUUCUCAUAGAGGAUUCCAACGAUACCGUUAAAUGGCUCGCCAGUCUUGGGGUGAACUUCCAACUGUCCUUCAACCGGCAAGCCUACAAGGUCGACGGCCGGUACAAGUUCUGGGGCGGCCUGGCGCUGAAGACUGAAGGCGGCGGAAAGGGGCUGAUUGAAGACCAUAAAAAUGCUGCGCGCAGGCACGGGAUCAAAGUUUUCUACUCUACCAUGGCGAAACAGCUCAUCUCGGACCCAGAUACGGCGGCUGUGAGAGGGGUUCUGAUCGAGCGGCACGGGAAGACGCAGACCAUCAAAGCGAAAGCGACCAUCCUCGCCGCAGGCGGAUUCGAGGCGAACCCACGGAUGAGGAGCCAGUACCUCGGUUCCAACUGGGACCUGGCCUAUGUGCGAGGAACCCCUUUAAAUACGGGGGAAUGUCUGGAGAUGGCGAUAAGAGAUGUUCUGGCCAAGCAAGCGGGGAAUUGGUCAGGAUGCCAUGCUACGGCAUGGGAUGCGAAUGCUCCACCGAACACAGGUGAUCGGCUGGUUUCGAAUGAGUUUACCAAGUCGGGGUAUCCGCUUGGUGUUAUGAUAAAUAACCAGGGAGAGCGGUUUGUGGACGAAGGGAUUGAUCUGAGGAAUUACACUUAUGCGAAGUUUGGCAAAGCUAUUCUGGCGCAGCCGGACGGGGUGGCGUUCCAGGUUUGGGACGCGAAGGGGAUACCGUGGCUGAGGGAGGAGGAAUAUCGAGAUGAGAUCGUACCGAAGAUUACAGCGGGCAGCAUUGAAGAGUUGGCUGAUAAGUGUGUCAAGGCGGGACUACAGUCCCGCCAGAGGUUUUUAGACACAUUGACGGCCUUCAAUGAGGCGGCUCAUGCACACAAAGAGGAAAAUCCCCAUUUGAAAUGGGAUCCGGCGGUCAAAGAUGGAGUGUCAACGCAGUCAAAGACAAAGAGUUUGGCACUGCCGAAGUCGAAUUGGGCGCUUCCUAUUGAUGAGGCGCCUUUCCUGGCGGUCAAAGUGGCGUGUGGUAUCACCUUCACCUUUGGGGGUUUGUCAGUCAACCCAGAGACUACUGCUGUUAUUUCAGCUAGCAACCGAGAGGUUCCAGGGCUUUUCUGCGUUGGUGAGAUGCUUGGAGGACUGUUCUAUGGCAAUUAUCCGGGAGGUUCUGGAUUGACUUCAGGCUCAGUGUUUGGACGGAGGGCAGGACGUGCUGCUGCGGCUUGUUGUUGGGACGCUUGAACAAAAGAAUGAAGCUCGGUCUCGGGAUUAGAAAGCUACACUAGAAUUAAGAGAAGAAGGCCAAUUACCUGAACUUCAACGUUCUUGCACUUUGGUUCUUCUGUAUGCGAAG